AAAACCUGACGGUGGUGCUACCAAAGAAAAACUUCCGGUAUUGAACGUGUCACAUCGGCCUUUCAAAACUUUGAAAAUAUCACCGUGGCAAAAGACAAAUAUUUUAUAAUGCGAUCGUUCUUCAUCCAGGCUUGAAAACUCCGCGAAAGAGCAAACAUUUCGAUCGAGAUACACGCCUCCGUGUAAAAAUGGUCUCUCACUACGUUCUAAACAGCUGAUCACGUUGGCGCAUGCGCACAUCGAUUCACAUGCACCAUGCGACGUGAUUAUGAAGUUGCUAUGUCUUAUUUCAUAAGCGGCCCUCCUUUUUUUUUAUAUCUAUACAAACAUUUUAUUAAACAGAAUACAAACGUUAAAUAAGCAAAGAUGUUGAUCACUUUACGAUUCUACAUAAGAAACAUGACAGUUAUUAUAAACUAUUAUAAAAUUUGCUUUAUCGAAACAUUCGAUUAUUUAACGAUACAUAUCGAAAACAAUCGUUAUCGAUAUACAUUCACCUAUAUACUUUAUGGUUUGAUAUUUGGUAGCAUUGAUAAUGAAAGACGAAUGAUUACGUUAAUACACGUCAACACCCGGCGAACUCCAAACUUUCAUAUCUUCCAUAUAUCUUUCAUAAUUUUGUACUUUAAUAUUAUUCUUUUUAAAGAUGGAAUAUAUUUAUAAAGUACCGUUCUUCGUUUUAGAAGUGCCCAAUUUAAAACUUAAAAGGCCAUUGUUCGUGAAACCUAGCGCGAUGAUAGUUUUUUCUUUCGUUCUUUUAAUCAUACUUUUUAUAUUACCAAUUAAAUGGAUCUUUCUAGGUAUAAUAUACGAUGUAAUUGUUGAACCGCCCAGUGUAGGAUCUACGACUGAUGAACAUGGUCAUACGAGGCCUGUGGCAUUUAUGCCAUAUCGUGUAAAUGGUCAAUAUAUUAUGGAGGUUUAGCGUCAAGCUUUCCUAUUUACUUUAGGUGGUUUAGGUUUCCUUGUACUUGAACAAACGCAUAGUCCAUCCACUCCAAAACUUAACAGAAUUCUUUUAAUAUGCGUUGGAUUCAUUAGUAUAAUUGUCUCGUUUAUUACAUGCUGGAUAUUUAUGCGUAUGAAAUUACCGGGAUAUUACAAUCAUGAAUGGAUUUUUCUAAGGUAUACGCAAAACAUAACUUUGAAAAAAUUUAAUAUCACUUUUUAUAAGAAAAAGAAUAAAUGAAACAAAUUUCUUGUAAAUAUAUUAUUUAAUAAAAAACAAUGUUUUUUUUUUAUUAAGAAUACCUAUUAAUAAAUUAAGACAAAAUAAUAUCUUUAAGAAUUAUACAUAAUAAUAUCUAAAACGUUGCAAAUACUAUGACAAAAUACAACA